UCGGGUUCGAGGUUCGGUGAAAAAAAGAAAGAAAAAAUGGAGACCUCGCUUAUUUCAACAGAGCUUUGGAGAAAUGGUCCACAACCAGGUUCAUACUACAAUUUCCCUGGUCGUUUGGAUACAAAACCAGCCGCACAGGUUGGAGCAUCUAAAAGAACAUUAGCUCCUACAGUAACUGGUACCUCCGUCCUUGGACUGUGUUUUGAUGGGGGUGUUAUAAUCGCAGCUGAUAUGUUGGGAUCGUAUGGUUCCAUGGCUCGCUACAGGAAUCUCUCUCGUGUAUUGAAAGUUAAUGAUACCACAGCCCUGGGUAUAAGUGGGGAUUAUGCUGAUUUUCAGUUCAUGAAAUCCAUUAUUGAACAAAGAGUUAUAGACGAGGAGUGUUUAAAUGACGGAUUCCAGUACACACCUAAAAGUCUCUUCUCCUGGAUGACCCGAGUCCUGUACAACAGGAGGUCUAACUUUAACCCACUGUGGAACACAUUUGUUGUGGGUGGAUUACAAGAUGGAGAACCGUUUCUAGGUUAUAUAGACAAGAUUGGAAUAGCUUUCAAUGAUCCAACGAUUGCCUGUGGAUUUGGGGCAUAUCUUGCAGUGCCCCUACUGCGUGAUGCUUACGAAGCCAAUCCUAAGAUGUCCCUAGCAGAGGCCGAGAAGAAAAUAGACGAGUGUAUGAAAGUUUUGUACUAUAGGGACGCCCGAUCUCUUAACAAGUAUGAAGUUGUCAUCAUUACAAAGGAUGGCACCAUGGUGAAAUCUCCCAUUGUAUCAGAAACAAACUGGGAAGUAGCUCACAUGAUCAAGGGCUAUGAAUGAUAAAGAGACAGAACAAUUAAAAUAGUGAAUAUGUGUAUAAAAAUGUGUAAAGAAGAGGAACUAAAACAGAUUUAACACAAAUGUUCAAAACAAAAUAAGCAAAAA